UUCCGAACGUAACGUGCGCCGGCUCGCUCGCUCUGCUGGAAAGGGAUGGUGAUAGCUACCUACAUUACUCUUUUGGUCCGAAUUUUGCCAAUAAUUAUUUCAUUCAGUUAACUUCCGACUUCUCUGCGUGGAGGUUGUCGUUCGAGCUAUAAGUGGAAAAAAUAUUAAUAAAAGGGUAACAUAAAAAAUCAAAAUAUUAACGUCGCAAUGGCUGAAACGGAGAUAAUAUCAAAUAGUGAAAGUAAUGAUCAAUUUUUCGAAGGGGUAGAAAAAUUGAUCGAAAUAUGGUUUACGCCGGCCAAAAAUGCGGAUCUGAGGAAAAUUACUCGCCAACAAUGGGAGAAUGUGUUGAAGAUAGUUCGUUGCGAGAUCAUCUCUUUUACGCAGAGUGAGCAAGUCGACGCUUACGUACUUAGUGAGAGCAGCAUGUUCGUUUCACGAAGACGCUGGAUACUGAAGACAUGCGGGACCACCACCCCGCUACGGUGCGUCCGCGCUGUGCUGGCUCUCGCACAGGACGUGGCGGGCCAUUCGUGCGUGCACAACGUGUUCUACUCCAGGAGAGAAUUCGCCCGUCCCGAAGUCCAGCUCAAACCGCACGACAACUUUGAUUCAGAGGUAAAACUUCUGGAUUCAUUUUUCGGGGAUGGGCGCGCCUAUAUCAUGGGCCCGGAAAAAGACUGUUGGUAUUUGUAUACCCUGCUGCCGUUGGAAGGUACAGUGGCAGCGGUGGAGAAAGAGCAGCAGGAAGCUGAGUCGGGACGCGGGGAGCCCGACCAGACCAUUGAGAUUCUCAUGUCCGACCUCGAUCCUCAGGUCAUGGACAUAUUUACCCGGGAACAUUCCCACGAUGCUGCGUAUGCCACUAAAGAGUCUGGCAUAGACAAAAUAUUACCAGGAAUGGUCAUAGACGAUUUCCUGUUUGACCCCUGCGGCUACUCUAUGAACGGGGUCGCUAAAGAUGGUUGCUACAUGACGAUCCACAUAACGCCCGAGAGGGCCUGCUCGUACGUGUCGUUCGAGUCCAACGUGCCCGUGUCCAGCUACGACGAGGUGAUAGCGCGCGUGCUGGCCGCCUUCCGCCCCGCCAAGUUCGUGCUCACCAUCUUCGCCACGCCGGACUCCCCGGCGGCGGACGCGUGCCGGCAGCUGCGCAAGUACCGCUCGCUGAGCGCGUACGAGGAGCAGGAGGCGCAGUACUGCCGGUUCUCUGGGUACGAGCUGCAGUACGCGCUGUACUGCAAGUUCCCGAGCUGAGAGCGGCGCGGCGGCGGGGCGGGCGUGCGCGCGGCGGCGCGGGGCGGGGCGGCGCAGGGCGGGCGGCGCGC